CUUCAAAGUGCUUGUUGACUGUGUGUGAGCAGGGCAUCUAAAAGUGUCAGCGCCUUAAGUUGAUGUUUUGCAGGGUCCAGAGAGUAAUUUCAGAACCUUUAUUUCAGUCUCUGAGGCAGCUUUUUUUGUUACGCAGUUCCCGAAAACUGACCUCCAAUAUGGCUUUUCAGUAUCCACAGGCUUACCGUGACGAUGCAGUUGUGGACGAUUAUCAUGGCCAGAAAAUACCAGAUCCAUACAGCUGGCUGGAGGACCCGGACAGUGAAAAGACACAGGCCUUUGUCACCGCUCAGAACCAGCUGACGUUGCCGUUUUUAGAGCGCUGUGAGGUGCGAGACCUGUUCAAGGAGCGCAUGACUGAGCUGUAUGACUACCCCAAGUAUAGCUGUCCCUUCAAGAGGGGGAGCAGGUACUUUCACUUCUACAACACGGGCCUCCAAAACCAGAGUGUGAUGUAUGUGCAGGAGAACCUGGAUGCUGAGCCCACAGUCUUCUUGGAUCCAAACACAUUUUCUGAUGAUGGGACCGUUGCCCUGCGAGGCUACGCGUUCUCUGAGGACGGGGAGUAUCUGGCCUAUGGCACCAGUGCCAGUGGUUCAGACUGGGUGGAGAUCCACUUCCUGCAGGUUGAAGAUGCCGUGCCUCUGGAGGACCGCCUGGAGCGAGUCAAGUUUAGCUGCAUGUCCUGGACUCAUGAUGGGAAGGGACUUUUCUACAACUCCUACCCCGAUCAGGAGGGCAAGAGUGACGGCACUGAGACCUCCACAAAUCUGCACCAGAAGCUGUACUUCCAUGUUUUGGGGACUCCGCAGUCUGAGGAUGUACUGUGCGCCGAGUUCCCUGAUCACCCCAAAUGGAUGAGUGGAGCUGAGGUAUCAGACGAUGGACGCUAUGUGCUGCUGUCUAUCAGGGAAGGUUGUGAUCCGGUCAACAGACUGUGGUAUUGUGACCUUCAGACCACUCCUCAGGGUAUUACAGGACUUCUGCCAUGGGUGAAGCUUAUCGACAACUUUGACGCCGAGUACGAGUACGUGACUAACGAGGGCACGGUGUUCACAUUCAAGACCAACCUAGACGCCCCGCGUUACCGCCUAAUCAACAUUGAUUUUGCCUCUCCAGCUCAGAGCAACUGGAAAGAGCUCAUCCCCCAACAUGACAAGGACGUUAUUGUGUUCGCCACCUGUACAUACUCAAGCUACCUGUUUGUAUGUUUCCUGCACGACGUGAAGAAUGUGUUGAAAAUGUACCGUCUGAGCUCAGGGGAGGAGCUGAGGACCUUCCCGCUUGACGUUGGCUCCGUGGUGGGUUUCACAGGGCGGAAGCGGGACUCUGAGAUCUUCUACUAUUUCACCUCCUUCCUCUCCCCAGCCAUCAUUUACCACUGUGACCUGACGAAGGAGCCGCUGCAGCCCCAUAUCUUCAGAGAGGUCACCGUCAAAGGCUUUAACCCCUCUGACUACCAGACCACCCAGGUCUUCUAUCCCUCCAAGGAUGGCACUCAAAUCCCCAUGUUCAUCGUUCACAAGAAGGGCAUCAAACUGGACGGCUCCUAUCCAGGUUUCCUCUAUGGCUAUGGUGGUUUUAACAUCUCCAUCACGCCAAGCUACAGUGUCUCCCGGCUCAUCUUUGUUAGACAUCUGGGGGGAGUCCUGGCUGUAGCCAACAUUCGAGGGGGAGGAGAGUACGGGGAGACUUGGCACAAAGCUGGCAUGUUAGCCAACAAGCAGAACUGCUUCACAGACUUUCAGUGUGCAGCCGAAUAUCUCGUCAAGGAGGGAUACACUUCUCCUUCCAAACUGACUAUAAAUGGAGGUUCCAACGGCGGCCUGCUUGUAGCGGCCUGUGUGAACCAGCGGCCUGAGCUGUUUGGCUGCGCUGUAGCUCAGGUAGGCGUCAUGGACAUGCUGAAAUUCCACAAGUUCACCAUCGGCCACGCCUGGACCACAGACUUUGGCUGUUCAGAAGACAAAGAGCAGUUUGAGUGGCUCAUCAAAUACUCCCCGCUCCAUAACAUCGGCAUCCCAGAAGGCAACGGAGUCCAGUACCCUGCAGUGCUCCUGCUGACAGGGGACCACGACGACCGGGUGGUGCCCCUCCACUCCCUCAAGUACAUCGCCACCCUGCAGCACAUCGUUGGCCGCAGCCCCAAGCAGACAAACCCUCUGUUCAUCCUCGUAGACACAAAGUCAGGCCACGGAGCCGGCAAGCCCACCAGCAAGGUCAUCCAGGAGGUGGCUGACACCUACGCCUUUAUCGCCCGCUGUCUCAACAUCACCUGGGUCAAAUAACCUGCGCCUCCCGUUAGAGAGAGAGUGUGAGUGUGUGUGUGUGUGUGUGAGUGAGUGUGUAUGAGUGUGUGUUGUUUUUCCUUUACUCAAAUCAUCUUUGGAAUACUGUUCAUACUAGCUGUUCACACGUUCCUCAUAUCUCUACACAAACACUGAGUACAACAUCUUUUAACUCAUGUUUACCCAUCUUUUAUUUGUUUUUGUCUUGUUUUCUGUUCAUCUAUUGUUAUCCCUACUUCCCUCCCCGUUUCAGUGCGAGCCUCAUCGGGAUCUCACGCAAUUAUAAGCCAACAUGCAGCACUUGCAGCUAACGUACCCUUUUCUGUAGGCUAUGCUUGUAAUCCUAAUGACAUAAAGGAACGGCUACAUUGUCAGUGACAAGUGUGUAAAGGGAGGGGUGGCUACCUACACGGUUACAGUAUUCAGCCAAUCAGCAGUUACAGUCAUGAGGUGAAAGUGGCAACAGUUUAUUUGAAGAUUGUUUCUGCGUCCUCUGGGUCUUUCAACACGCCGCAUAUUAUUUAUUUUUCGUUUGUGCACAGAAUGGAGGCUGCGGGACGUCAAAUGAUCUCAGCAUGGUCAAUUGUGACGAGAUAGUAAAGUGCAAAUGAUGCUACUGCAGGUCGACAGUAUUGCUGUGGAUAUGAGUGGGGAAACUUGCAAAACAAAACAGUUCAGCCCGCGCGCACGUGCGCACGUAUGUGUGUGUUUUGGAUGUCAGUCCCCACAUUCAUUUCAGACUGAAAAUGAUUUCUACCUCUUGACAUGUGCUGAUUGUUUACCUUUUAAAGGGGACAAAACACAAUGCCACAACUACAAUAAACAACUUUUUAAACAGUGAUAAAAAGUGAGCAUCUAUUCUGUUGUAAAGUUUAAUUCUAAAAUCAGAGAUCAGUCAUUGUGGAGAAAGAUAACAGCUGUGUCGUUUUUUGAUGUCACAAAUGAAUUGAACUGCAUAGAAAUGAACUAACAAAGUGGUACAUUUGACUGAAAAUACAGCAGACACGGAAGAACUGGAUUCUUUCAAUCAGUUUUAUUUACGUUUUUAAACUUUAUUUUAUUCAUCCAAAGUAUGUUAAUGUGAGACAAGUCCCUUUUACCGUCAAGAAUAGGGAGCAAGAGGAAGAGCGCCUGAGACUGCUGAUGUUGCAGUGAUUCCUCCACCAGGGGGCAGUCACUCUUAAAAUGACCAACACGUGCAACAGGAGCAGAAAAUGAGGGUGGUCUGACAGAGGGCCCCAUGUGGAUUACUCAACAUACAUGUUUCAUGUUCAAAAACGUCUCUGAUAUCCCACUUUCAUGUUUAUGGAGGAAUUUUUAAAGCAAGGUUACUCUUGAAAGACUUACAAUUACAUAUCCUCAGCCUGACUUUCUCUUCCAAAUCCAUUUGAGAGUUGACUAAAAAAAAAUAGACUCAAAAGACAAACUGUUUCCAUGAACAUUAUAUUUAUUUAUUUUCCAUUUUCAAAAGCAUAACUUAUUUGAUUAGCAUAAAUUGAACAUUAAAAUAAUGUAAAAGGCUGUAACUGUACAUAAUUUACACAUUUACAAAACAAGUAAUUAAAAAACAAUGUUUUAACAACAUUUUAAUAUAUUCACUCACGUUUUCACUAAUUUCUUUCCUUUUAAUUUGAUCAAAGUAAAAGAUUUCAAUCACUUAAGGCCACUGAGAAAAGGCUGUUAGGUCUAGAUGUGGAAACUACAACAAAAAAACAAAAGGUGAGACAAACAAAAGACAAUUUACCACGAUAAAGCCAUCUGCCCUAGUUUAAUAAAGUUUUUUCUUUGAA